GAGACUGGAGGAAGUAAUUCAAAAGUGGACUUGGAGAAUCGAGCUAUGCAAAUAGACUUGUUGGCAAUAUGAUGGACGUCGCUUCAUACGGCUCUGGAUGCCGUGUUAUUUCUUCGACAUCAAGAGAUGAACAACAUCCUCCAGUAAACAUGAUAGAUGGGUACCUGUCAACCUUUUGGUGCUCAACUGGCCUGUUUCCACAUGAGUUUAUUAUUCAAUUCGAAUCUAAUGCAAAGAUCAAUGGGUUGAAAUUAGAGUGUUCUGAUGUUAAAGAUAUCAUGAUUGAGAAGACUGAGUUUGACAAUGUUAAUGACUUUCAGCCUCUAGCAGAAAAAACUCUACCGGCAACAAAUGGGUCAUUACAACAGCACAGUUUCAAUUUCCCAGAAACAGAAGCCAGGCAUUUGCGAUUUAUCAUUAAAUCUGGUUACACUAGUUUUGUCUCUGUGCACCACGUGUCUGUGGAUGGGACCUUUACGGUACGCACUGACAGAUUCAGAUAGCAUGACAUACUUUCUCUGAGUUGACUAACCGAGGUAUCCUGGAAAAGAAUCCUUCUGGGUUCUAGUAGUUAAUUUCUAUAGUAAUUUAUUCAUUUGCUACAGACUAAACACUCUAUCGUAAGUCAACCUACGAGUUAGCUUUCAUUUCAGUGGCGGAAAUUGCCGGAAAGUGUCGGUUAUAACACAGCUUUUAUGAUUUGUCGGCAAAUUUGCUUGGGUUUUGCCCCCCCCCCCCCAACCUGAAAAAUGCUUUUCCGCCACCGUUUCAGUUGCCCAAAGUUUCUGUUAAUUUUCCAGUUGCUCAAGAAUUCAUCUCUUAAUGAUAGCACAAAUAAGAAAUUUCUUAUUUACGAGUGAAUCACACUUCGUCGUAAACUUUUGAUGGAAAGAAAAGUGAAAAAUCGUAUAAUUGUAGCCUUUCUACCAGUUUGAGGGCAUAUUUAAUUUUUUCAGAUAGAUGUUGUUUUUCCUGCUUGUUCUUGGUAUUGAAGCAGUUAUGAUAUUAUUUAAACUUAGACAAAAGAUCGAGGCAACAUUAAAAUAUAUUUAGACCUCUGAAAGGUUCUAAUAAGUAGUUUUUGAAAUCAUCUCUUUUAUAUAAUUUGUCUUUCUUUACUUUUUUCUCAAUGUAAAAAAUGAUAAUUGAAAAUGUUAUUUUUUUGAGUAAUCUGUAACAUGUAAUUUUGAAUACUUCUUGUAAUUCUAUUUUGAAGUUGAUAUGUUUAAUGUGGUCACAGGGUUGCUAUGUAUUUCCAUGCUCCCUUGUGGUAUCGUCUUGCAGUUUGUUUGUUCUGUAUUUUUCAUGAGAAUAUAAGAAAAAUCGCCCUUGAAGAUUUUCCGAUCAAUUGUUAAUAGUUUUGUAA